AUGCUGGAAGAACGACUGCAUCUUGAUCCAUCACGAACCCAAACAUACACGACAGCAUUGCUCACCACCCAUGGGUUCAUUGGUCUUAUCUCUGCUCCGAUUGUCGCUCAUCUUGCCGAAAAGACUCCGAGCCAAAAGAAACCACUAUUGAUUUCUCUGGCAGGAUGUUUCAUAGGAACUCUGAUCAUUGCUCUCGCCCCGUCUGUUUGGGCCCUCUUUCUUGGUCGCAUCCUGCAAUCUAUGGCAGGUGCUGGCACUUGGGUGGUUGGAUUUGCUUUAUUAGCAAAUAACGUGGACAAGAAACACCUUGGACAGUCGAUGGGAAUGGCCAUGUCAUUUGUGACCGCAGGAAUGGUCGGCGGACCAACAGUGAGUGGCGCAUUGCUCCAAUUAUUUGGCUACUGGGCCGCCUGGUCCCUUCCUUUGGUCGUACUUGUCUUGGAUAUUGUUGCCCGCCUGGUCAUGAUCGAGCCUGGCCUGGGGUCUCCAAAAAUAAUUGAGUCUUUGAGCAAGCCUGCUGGCACGUCAGUUCUUAUUAAUGAUGGGGGACCAGAGGAAUCGACUGCCCUGCUUUCUGAUACACUGCCAACUGGCAAGGCGGAUGACUGUGGAGCGGAGCACAAGCAUGACCUCAAAGACGAAUACUACAGAGUCAUGCUCUCCGAUCCCCGUGUUUUGACGGCAUUGGCCAAUGUCGUUUUUGUCUCCUCUCUCAUGUCUGGAAUUAACAACACCCUCCCUGUCCACCUGAGAGAAGCAUUCGGUUGGAAGAGCUUACUCAUCAGUAUGAUGUUCUUCUGUCUUCAAGUCCCGAACAUUGUUCUCAGCGGCCCAUCUGGAUGGCUUCGUGAUCGAAUUGGAAUACGGGGACCGACCGUUUUCGGUUGGCUUGUGAUGAUCCCUCUAAUCUUACUACUGGGAAUUCCCGGAGACUCCCACUUCCCUUGGGCCGCCGGAGAUGCAGCUGGCAAGUCGAUCUUUACCAGUAGUUUGAUUGCUUUGGGUAGUAUCUUACCUCUUGUGCGCGGUGUAGGAGCCGUGCAGUUGGCCUGUGAGUGA